AAUAGUUAUUCAAGAUGGCAGACGUUAACGCCGUCAACCGGCGUCUUUUGGAGAUUUCUAUAUGUGCUCUGCUGCGCGAACACGGAUUUUCAUCAGCUUCUAAGAUAGCUUUAGAGACCCUUACUGAAAUGCUUCAAAGCUACCUGGGUGAGCUUGGACACAGUUGUAAGCUUAGUUGUGAGCUUUCCGCCCGGGUCAAGCCAACUUUAAGUGACGUGAAAGUGGCUUUGAUUGACAUGGUUUGUUUUGCUGACUUGCAGGCCUUCAGACAGUCAAGCAAAGAAUACCAAGCUGUAAGAGAGAAAUAUGCUGCACAGAGAAAAGACAUUGAAGAAGGGUUAUCCAAGUUUUUGGCAAAGACAGCUGAACUUAGUUCUGGGAUUUGUGAAGGACUGGAUGCACCAACAUAUCCUUUACUUGUGAACGAGUCCAGUGAUCUGCCAUAUUUAUCUGCGCUUGGAGACUUCGACGACGCAGAGCUACUUGAACUUGAUGAAACCGUCGCCAAAGAGACACCGUCAAAUAGUGUUUUACCAACAAGCUCACAGAACACGGAAUCCUUCGAUAACCCUUUCCUCAGACCCGCCAAACGAGCGCGAAAAACUAUCAAGCCAAGCUGAAGCCUGUUAAAAAAGCUUUGAUCAAUUCUCGCUGGCGUCAACUUCACGUUUUAGAAUAGUCAGAAACGGAAUAUAAAUUAUUCUUUAUUCUUGUUCUUGUAUUCGUCUAAGCAUCGGCUCCAAGAUACGUCUCCUUGCUAGAAAAUCAUAUGAAAUUAGUCAUGUUUUAAAACCCACAUGGAGACGAAUUUUUAACAUAGACAAGGAAUAGUACAUCUUUUUAAUCGUC